AAAUUCUCAAAACCCGCCAAUUUUAUUCUGUUGAUUAAACCCGCUGAUUAAAUCCGAUAUUAACAAUCCGCUAACAUAAUCCUCUUACCGCUAAAUGACAAACACGUCCAUAUAAUUGUACACAAAUCAUAAAGAUAGGGAAAUAAUCAGAUUACAAGAGCGAUUUAGGAACGGAAGCCAGAGGAGGGGAUUUGAAGGGAGAGGGGGUGACUUGGAGGAACAUAUAAUUGCCUGCAAAAAUAUCCCCAAAAUGGCACUUACUCUCCUUCAGCCUCUUGGCGCACGCCGCCACCGCCAGCCUCGCCUUCCUCCUCACCACCGCCGCCAGCUUCCGAAUCUUCACAAUCCUCAAUCGCUUCCUAAUCACCACCCUCGCCUUCCUCCCGGAGAAGCUUCUCAGCUGCCUCCCCGCCGCCGCCGCCUCGUACCCGAACGUCGAGCUGCACCCAGCUGCUGCUUUCGGCCUGAGUCUGCUAUAGGAGUGUGUGGAAAGCGAAGGCAUAAUCUCCAUCAUCUGAUCCGCCCUUAUCAGAUUUUCAAUAGAUCGAAAUUGUGAUGAGAAUGAAUGAAAUGGAUUAUUUAGGCCGGAAAUAGAAAGGUAGCUGAGCGGAAACAGUAGUGUAACAACCUGGGUACGUGGGUUGUCUGUCUGAGAUCAUCAAAGUAUGGUGUGGUGUUUGUUGGCCAUAAUUCAUUAAAGGUCUGUUUGCAACUUCUGCUUUUAAAAAAGUAUUUUUUUAAUGAAAUGGAGAGAAAAGUAAAAGUGGUUAGUGUUUGGUAAAAUAAGUGUUUUUUGUGUAAUAGAAAAAGUAAAAGCACUUUUGACGUGAAAGCCGAGAAAAAUAAAAAUUGUAGUGUUUGAAAAAAUAAGUGUUUUUUAAAGUCAAAAACUAAGCCGUGUUUUUUUAAAAACAGUUGCAAACCAACCUAAAUGCAACGUAAGACGAGCCGGCCAAUAUAUGCUACAGCCCGCCAGCUGCCACCACGUAUUUAUAUAUGUGUAUAGUGAUUCACGAAGCCUUAAAUAUACUCCCUC